AGUUGGUAUCAAAUAUUUUUGCAUUUUGGUGAUAGCGGUAGCAUUAUUUGUCUAUAUUCAUUUUGACGUAAAAAAUGGCGGAUUGCAAGGAGGAUAUAGAGGAUAUCGAUCGUCCACCACUCGUUUUGAAAGUUGAUCCGCCUGAGGAGUUGCUGGAAGACUCUACCGAAGAUUCAACGAUUAGUAAUUCAGCUGACCGGGAUACACACGUUUAUGAUGAAACGAAAAGUCAUACAGCAGAAUCAAAUGACCAAGAAUCCACCAUGGCAGCUAAUAAGCCUCCCAAUAAGAAACAUUGUCCUGUGCUAUCUGUUUCAAAAUUGGGAAAUUCAUUUGGUAUUAAUGAAUUCUCGAACUCUGUAACUAGUAAAUCAAAGUCGUCUAUACUAAGACCACCACAAUUAAGUAUGAUAACCAAUAGUUCUAUAGGCACUACUGACAAAAUUGUUUUACAACCUGCAAAAUUUCACAAUCCAUUUACAAAGGCUACUGAGAAUUCUAUAGAUGAGGAUGAGUCUAUAAUGAAUAGCAAUAAAACAGAAACAAGUAAAGACUUCAAAAGUGAGGAAAAAUCUACAGAAGACGUAAAAUUGAAAUUUUUGCCUUUGGGUGCAAGCGCCAAGGAGAAUGAGAAUAAUAUAAAUAAUUCUAUGGCAUCCAGCACGUCUACUCCUAGCUUUGUGUUUGGUCAGAAUUUGAAAGAGCGUGUUACUGUUUCAAAUGACACAGAAAGUUCGAAUAAUUCUGAAAAAGAUGAGACGAAAAGUGAGGAGAGCAAUGAGAAUGGAUCUUCUGAACUCCUAUUCUCAAAUGCGGCUGCAAAUUGUCGUGCUACAGUGAGACCAGGUUUAACAUUGACUCAAGCAGCGCAAGUGUUGGAAGAAGCUAAUCGUGCAAACAAGAGAAAAUAUAAUCAAGUAACAUUAUUAACUGGUGAAGAAGGCGAAACAAAUGUUCUUCAGAUAAAUUGCAAAUUAUUUGCCUUUGAUAAGACUAGUAGCAGUUGGCAGGAAAGAGGGAGAGGUAUGUUAAGACUUAAUGAUCGAGAUGAGGAAUCUCGUUUGGUCGGUCGUACUGCUGGAACGCAACGAUUGAUCUUGAAUACAAAAGUAUGGCCGGGUAUGACCGCGGAACGUGCUGGACCUAAAUCAUUAAGACUAACUGCUAUGGAUGUUCACGGGGAUAUUCGAAUCUUUAUUGUACAAGCGGCACCUAAAGAAGUCGAUCAACUGCACAGUCUUCUAUUACAGCGACUUAAACGUGCGCAGGAACGCCAUCCUAAGAAAUUGGCAACGGACCAUUGACAGCCAUCGACUAUUACGGCGAGGCAUUAACCAUGCAUCAGCUUAAUUUGUGCAACAUAGAGGUUAAUAUUAAGAUAUGAAAAGAGCUAAAUUUUUCAGGAAUAUAAGACUAUUUAGUAUGCGCAAUAGAAUGGCUAUGAUUUGUGCCUUCCUUCAGAAGUUGCAGCCCUUGGCAGUUUCAGUAUUUAAAGAAGAUUAAGUUGUGGUACUUGGUAUGAGUUUGACUUUCUUAUCUAUACAUUAGAUUUUUUUUUCCAAGAAUAUAAAACUUGUUUAUAAUCUUUUUUAAUUGAUUCCUUUUUUUUAUUUAAAAUUUAAUGUGAUUUUUAGAUAAAAUGGCGUUAUAUUAAAAAAUAGAGAUAAAAAUUAUCACAAUGUUAAUUGUAUGUCAUAGCAAAUCUUAAAAUAAAUUACAAUUUAAUUCUUAAAAAAAAAUUCAAGAAUUUUAAUAUGUCUAUAUUUACAUUGAACUAUGCACAAUUGCGUAUUGCAAGCAUAUCCUUUUUUGUCCAGGAAGGGUAAUGUGUUAUAUUAAUCAUAGAUUUAAAUAAAUAAUUUGUAUAUGUAUAAUUUAUCAUUAAAAAAAUAUAUGAGAGUGGCUGAACAGGUAUGAGUUAUAGUGUAUUUGUAGCAUGUAAUAUUGCCGUUGUACUUUGAUUUGUAUUUAAAGGACGAUUUGUGGGAAUGUACAAUACAACGGCAUUAUUAUUAACAUUAUUAAUUAUAAUUAUAAGUACAUGUUUUAUUUUAGAUGUAAAUAAAAUCCUCAGUCUAGUGAUGGAGUUCUAA